CCGGGGUCCUAGAUUGACGUCUGUGUUUUCCGCGCUCAGCUCGAAUGGAAACAGAUUUUCAACUUUAAUCCUGAGCUGGUUAAAAGCGGAACCAUGGCAUUUAGCUUUGGACAGAGCACCGUUGGAGGUGGGUUUAAUUUUGGAGCCGUUAAAACCACAGGGUCCGCUGGGACGGCCCCAGGUUUCGGCCAGCAGACAAACACGCCUGCAGCGGGAGGAGGAGGAGGUUUCACCCUGCAGACAAACACGCCUGCAGGAGGAGGAGGAGGUUUCACCCUGCAGACAAACACGCUGGCAGCAGCAGGAGGAGGUUUCGGCAUGCCGACAAACAUGCCGGCAGCAGCAGGAGGAGGUUUCGGCAUGCCGACAAACAUGCCGGCAGCAGCAGGAGUAGCAGGAGGUUUCGGCCUGCCGACAAACACGCCGGCAGCAGGAGGAGGUUUCGGCUUGCAGACAAACAUGCCAGCAGCAACAGGAGGAGGUUUCGGCUUGCAGACAAACAUGCCGGCAGCAACAGGAGGAGGUUUCGGCCUGCCGACAAACAUGCCGGCAGCAGCAGUAGGAGGAGGUUUCGGCCUGCAGACAAGCAUGCCUGCAGCAGGAGGAGGAGGUUUCGGCCUGCAGACAAGCAUGCCGGCAGCAGCAGGAGGAGGUUUCGGCCUGCCGACAAACACGCCUGCAGCAGGAGGAGGAGGUUUCGGCUUGCCGACAAGCAUGCCGGCAGCAGCAGGAGUAGCAGGAGGUUUCGGCCUGCAGACAAACACGCCUGCAGCAGGAGGAGGUUUCGGCCUGCCGACAAACACGCCUGCAGCAGGAGGAGGUUUCGGCCUGCCGACAAACACGCCUGCAGCAGGAGGAGGUUUCGGCCUGCAGACAAACACGCCUGCAGCAGGAGGAGGUUUCGGCCUGCAGACAAACAUGCCUGCAGCAGGAGGAGGUUUCGGCCUGCAGACAAACAUGCCUGCAGCAGGAGGAGGUUUCGGCCUGCAGACAAACAUGCCUGCAGCAGGAGGAGGUUUCGGCCUGCAGACAAGCACGCCGGCAGCAGCAGCAGCAGCAGGAGGAGGAGGAGUAGGAGGAGGUUUCGGCCUGCCGACAAGCACGCCAGCAGCAGCAGCAGCAGCAGCAGCAGGAGGAGGAGGGUUUACCUACGGUGCAGCAAGUCAGCCUCAAUCUCAGGCGCCGGCAGCAACCUCCCAACUAGCGGGGCUCCUCUCACAACCCACCGCAGUCAGUGGGGCCUCCCAGGGUGGAUUCAGCUUUAUGAGCCAAACACAGACCAACACUGCUGGUGGAGGAUUCGCUUUUGGUGCGACCGCUCCAAAACUGAACCCGAACCCGAACCCGACUCCAGCCCCUCAGCCCGCCAAUACAGCUCCAGCUUUGGGAGCCCUCGGGGCCGCCGCCACCGGUGGUACGGGUUUCUCAUUCGGAGCUCUCGCGACUCAGAAUGCAUCUUCCACACAGCCAUCGACCGGAGGCUUCAGCUUCGGAGGGUCCAAGAUUCAGGCCCCUGCCGCCACAGCGGCACAGGCCACCCCGUCCUUCUCGCUGGGUGGCCAAAGCACAGGUCUGGCUGCACCAGCCUCUGCAGCUCCCACCACUGGACUCAGCUUGGGCAUCAAACCUUCAGCCACGCCCGCUCCUGCUGGUACUGCAGCUCCUGCCCAACCUGCUUUUGCUUCCUCUUUGUUUGCUGCCCCCUCUGCCUCAACUACAACGACAGGCUUCAUAUUGGGUGGCGCCCCAAACUCAGCAGUCCCAGCAGCAGCAGCAGCAUCUGCACCCUUAGCGUCCACUAUUUUAACCCUUAAACCGUUAGGAGCUGCCACCACCAGUGCUUCCACUACAGCUGCUGCCACCACGGGCUUCUCACCGUCUCUGAAACCCGCCGCAUCUUCUACACUGACCAGCACCACUGCUCCCGCUACCACCAGUGCUGCGCCGGUGAUGGCGUACGCCCAGCUGGAAUCCCUGAUCAAUAAGUGGAGCUCGGAGCUGGAGGACCAGGAGAGACACUUCCUGCAGCAGGCCACUCAGGUCAACGCCUGGGACCGCAUGCUGGUGGAGAACGGAGAAAAGAUUACAUCCCUUCAUAAGGACAUGGAGAAAGUCAAACUGGACCAAAGAAGGCUGGAUCAGGAGUUGGAUUUUAUCCUCUCCCAGCAGAAGGAGCUGGAGGAUCUUCUCAUUCCACUCGAGGAGUCUGUGAAGGAGCAGAGCGGAACCAUCUACAUGCAGAACGCAGACGAGGAGCGGGAGAGAACGUAUAAGCUGGCAGAAAAUGUUGACGCCCAGCUGAAGAGAAUGUCUCAGGAUCUGAAGGAGAUCAUCGAGCACCUCAACACGUCUAACGGACUGACCGACACGAGUGAUCCGCUUCAGCAAAUCUGCAAAAUCCUCAACGCGCACAUGGACUCUCUGCAGUGGGUCGAGCAGAACUCAGUUCUGCUGCAGAGACGAGUGGAGGAAGUGUCCAAACUGUGUGAGAGUCGCAGUAAGGAGCAGGAGAAAAGCUUCCGUCUGAGUUUCCAGUGAUUUAAAACCGAAAAUAAAACUUGCUGUGUUGUAAAUGAACGUCGUCGUUUAGGUUUUUGUGUUUCCCAAUAAAGAUCUGUACUUUU